AUUUAAUCAAAAGUGAAAACAAAUCAAAACCAAGUAAAAGUAAAAUAUACAAGCUAAAAAAUAAAAUUAAAAUACAUACAAAAUAAAUAAGAAGAAAAAUAAACAAAAAAAAAAAACUGCAUAAAAUAAACCCUAAGACCAUAUAAUUUGUAAAACAUUUUUCGAAAAAAACGAAUAAAGUUAUAGCUAAAUAAAACAUAACUGCUGAUAAUAAUGAUGAUGAUGAAAAUGAGUUUGUUUUCGUUUUUCCUCUAGUUCCAUUUUGCCAAACUAAAUUCUAAAUGAAAAUAACUACAGGAAAAAAAAAGGACCAACGUCAUACAAUAUAAAUAAAGGAUUAAACAGUUGUUACAAAUUCUGUUGUUAUUUUUUUUUUCUUCAUUAUUUAUCAUCCUUCUUGUUUGUUGACUGACUGGUUACAUUAUGCCGUUGAAAACCAUGUUGCUGAAAAAUACGAUGACAACAGUGAUGCUGCAUUCAAAAAUUUAAAGGUCACACAGCAGCAAAUUGUUUUCAGUUUUGUUUGUGAAUACAAAAGUUUAUGCUGUGACUUUGAAAGUAUAUGAAUGUGUUUCGCAAAACAAAAAAGAUUUAGAUGGAGUUGUUAAUAAAAAGACGAAUAGCAAGAAAACAACAAAAACAGCAAAACUGGAGCAUACAAAAGCAACAACAUUGAAAAUUAUCUCAAGAAUUUGUGUUUGUAGUAUAAAUACGCAAUUUAAAUUGAACUACAGCAACUACCACUUCAAAUACUAAACUACAUCCGUAUCCUUGCUUGCUUGCUUGCACACACAUACACAGACUAACAUUCGUUUAUUUUGCCACGAAAUGAGUUCAUGAAUGUGUGUGUCGUUGUGAGCGCAGGAUAAAUAAAAGAAAAUAACAAUUUUAUUUAAGGAUUCACAUAAAAUCUCAUUUCAAACAACACGCUUGCAAAUCAUUUAACAGAAAAAUUGCAAGAAACAAGCAACAAGAAAAAACGAAGAGUUUUUAUUCCUUUACAGCAAAUGUUAGGAGUAGCAAACCAGUACGUUGUGAAACAUCCUUUGCCAGCAACAGUACACGUUAAGCAAACAAAGGAAAAAAUUAAAAAAAUGAAUUAAGUGAGAAAAAUUGCAGGAAAAUAAGAACGGAAAAUAAAAGAAACGAUCAAUGUGAAACGCUAACAUUGAGCAUAACAAUGCUCUAGCAAUUCGGUCGUAAAAUUUCACUUUAACAUUGACCACAAACAGAACAACAAACGUACUAAAAGUAGUCAUCAAACCAAAAAACAAAAAACGAGACAACAGGAAACGGAAAUCAUGUCAACAUAAAUAGCAGCCAUAACAAGAAUUUACCCAAAAAAACAACAAAUAAAAAAACACAAUACAAAACUUUUAAAGAACUACACAAAAAAAUAUUACCGACACUAAGUCAACCACCCAGGUGUAAUAAAGUGAAAAACAACAAUAAUACAACUUCCCUUUAUUGUGGAGUGCGUUACAUUGGACAUCGAUUGAUUGUGGAUAAAAUGAAGCAUUUGAAAUUUAAAGUCGGGUUUAUUUACUACAAUAUUAUCAACAGAUUUAAAGGAUGAAGAGUGGCACGUUAUAUUGGAAUAUCUCAUUUGUUAUACAAAAUUUGUUAACCUUUGCCCUGGUCAUCGGUUUACAAAAUCAUUUUCUAUCUACAAUAACAAAAACUGUAACAGUUGUGGCAGUGGCCUUACCACAGACACAGGCAGUAGUUGGAUCUACAGCCGCAUUAGUUGAAAGUUUACAAUUCAAUGCUUUCGAUACAACACAUAGUACAUUUGCCUCAUCGCCGUCGUCAUCGUCGUCCUGGUCAUCAUCAUAUUUACCAUCAUCAUCAUCGUCUUUUGAAGGAGCUGGUGGUGCUAUACAACAGAAAUUUUCAUCACCUUCUCUAACAUCGUCUGUAGCAUAUCCCACAUCAACAACAACAAUGUCUGGUUAUCACAAUACUAAGACGUCCAGAAUUAUGAGCAACAUCAACAGUAUUAGCCCAACACAAACGUUAAACUUGAUACACACAACAUUUAGGACCAGGGGCAACAGUAGGAAUAGUGGCAACACUAGUGGUGACAGCAGUGGCGUUAGUUUAAGUACCAUGUUGUUGGGCAAACAACAAAAUAGUUUAAGUUCUUAUGCACCCACUACUAGUAUCAGUAAUGCUAGUGGAUUGUCAUUUAAAAAUGUUAAGAAAAGCAAAAGCACCAUCACAGUCAGCGAUGCGAGCAGAAGUCAAGGUACCAGCAGUUUUCAUAAUAAUGACCAACAGCAGCAACAGCAAGACCAGCAACAACAUUUUCCACUUGACUUUACAUUUUCAAAAAAUCAUUGGACAAAUUCAGAUGCUGCUCUUAAUGGGGGAGUGGACGCAGGUAUUGUUGGUACAAAUAGUGGUGCUAGUGGUGUUGUUGGCAAUUUCAGACUGUCCUCUCUAUCAUCUGUAACAUCUUCAUCCUCAUCAUCAAUAACAGCGUUUUCGUCAUCGUCGUCGUCGUCAUCAUCAUCAUCAGCGACGGAGACAGAAAGACCGCGUAUAUUUCGUAACAAACAUCAUCAUGAACGUCAUUGGGGGCCAUUUUUUGAAGAGCCACUCAACUCAACAACCUCAGGCGAUAAUAGUAUAACAACAGCCCAUCUCUAUACGGAAGCAGUACUUAACUGUCGAGUUGGAAUGCUGAAAGACAAAACGGUCAUGUGGGUGAGACGGACAUCGGAAAAAGUAUCACUAUUGACUGUAGGUAAUGUCACCUAUAGUAGCGACCCUAGAAUACGCGUAAAAUUUCAGUAUCCCAACAAUUGGCGUCUGCUGAUAAAUCCCACCCAAUGGGAUGAUGCUGGCAUUUAUAUGUGCCAAGUAUCAACACAUCCUCCACGGGUUUUUACAACAAAUUUAACCGUUAUAGAACCUCCUUUGCGUUUAAUUGAUGACCAAGAACGAGAUGUUGGUGAUCGUUAUUAUAAAACUGGCAGCACCAUUGACUUGCAGUGUCAAGUUUCCCGUAGCUUUUUAUACAAAGAAAAACAAAAUAUUUUAAAAUCCCUUAAGCCUUUAAAUGUACACAAUGACAGUAACACCACCAGCAGUAGCACUACUACCACCAGCAGUAGUAGUUUUCAUGGCACUAGCAGUAGUAGUGGUAUUGGUAGCAAUACAUUAAAUCCAGGCUACAGUAACAACAACAGCAAUAACAAAAAUCAAACUAAAAUGACUGCCAACAAAAAUAAUAAACAUGUUAGUCCUGCUACCAAUAUGAAUGGUAUCACAUCGCCCUCAUCUUCUGCAACUACAACCACCACUGGCUUUGGUGUUUUUAACAAUGAUUUAUUACAAAAUAUAAACCAAUCUACAACAUCCGCUGACAAGCAGGGAAUUGCUCUUGAACAACAAUUCAGUAAUUUAGUGUUUUGGUCAAAAGAUGAUGAAGAACUUCCGCCGACGGCCUUAAAACGUAUAAGUUCGAACGAUAAAUGGCUUACGAGUCGAGUUACAAUCACCGAUGCAAAAUUAACUGACACUGGUAAUUAUUCAUGUUCGAUUGGGCGACUGUUUACGGCUAUUGUACAGGUUCAAGUGUUGACAGGUGAAUUACCGGCAGCCGUGCAACAUAAUUCUGCAGCAGCUGUAGUUGUGUGCAACAUAAGCAUAAGAGAAUUGAUACAAUUAUAUUGGAUUUACGUUACAGCUGCCUACUUUGUUAUGAACUAAAUAAUGCCGUAAUAUGUAUGGCAGGCAGGCAGGCUGGCAGCCUUCGUUUGGUGGCAGAAACAGUUGACAAUUGCAGUUAUUAAGUUAAUUAAAGCAACUGCUGUAAAAGUCAACAACAUGCAACAAAGAAAUAACAAAAACAUAUACAGAGCCAAAAAUAAAGAAAAACUUAAAAAUAAUUAUUAAAAAUUUAAUAUAAAAGAAGUAAAAUAAUAAAAUAUGUAAUAAGCUAAAGGAAAAGUAAAAAAUCCACUUUUCUUUUAAUUAACAACAGUCAACAGCCAAUUAACACCCACUAGCAACUCAACAAAAAAAAAUAAUAACAGCAGAACUUGCAAUGAAUCUGGGCUUUACAGAAAUAGAAAGUGUAUAAUUUUUGUUUUAAUUAAAUACUUAAAGACUUCCUUUUUUCACUAGCAAAAGAAAUUGUUAAAUUUACGCAGCGCAAGACGCAAAAUAAAUUUUUCUACUUACUAGCAAUUUGUUUAUAUUUUUGUCGUUUCUUUGCUCUAAAGUGUCCUUUUGUUUUGAGUGUUGUUGUUUGAAUAAUUUUCAUAAUUACAAAAAAUAACUAAGUAAAAAAGAAAUCACAACAGAACUGGAGUAAAACUAAGAAAAGCAGUUGUCAAAAGUCAUAAUAAUAUUAUUUUCCCCCCAUCAAAAAAAAAAAAAAAAAAAAGAAACAAAAUUGUUAUUUUUCCAACA